AUGAAAAAGAUAACAGUUUUUAUUCGGAACGGUGAAACCGCGGUGAAAUUACAAAGUCCGUUGAUCCUAACGGCAGUCUCCAAAUUAUACGUGAAGACCGUGGCAUUGUUUUGGACGUACGAAAAUAUACGUAAGGGAGACAACAAUUACUUUUCCGUCGACGGGAAAAAAGUCAUGUUGAAGAAGGGAUAUUGGACGUUUAAACAAUUACGACAAGCGUUAGAAAGUCACGGUCUCGUCGUCGAAGAUUUUCCGGACGGACGGAUUCAAAUUGGAUUUGCGAAAAAAGUCAAAUCAUUUAAUCCGUGGAAACUUAAUAAUCUAUUGGGUUUCACCGACGCGUUUUCGUCAACACAUCCGAGUCAACGCCCCGUCGAUAUUCAUGAAGGUUUGCGUUACGUGACGGUUGGUUGUAAUUUAGUCGACCGAUCUCAAAAUAUAGGACCCGACGGAUUUCCCAGUAAUAUUAUUUCAUCGCUCCCCAUCGACGGAACGAAACCUUUGUUCGGGACGACGACAAAAUACAACGACAUCGAAAGCGAAGUGUUUGCGGACGCGGGCAUUUAUCACGAACUUCAUUUCGACGUGAAAUCUAACAUUGUGGGAAUCGUACCCUGCGAUGUUUUGAUGGAUCUGUAUAUUUUAAAAUAA